AUGAAUUUCGACCUCCUUGAGCGCCGCAGAGAGAAAUUUGUGCUCUGGAUACCUGCAGGUCCAGCAGCGAAAACCCCUUCACUGGUGCUAUGCACUUUCCAGCCCGGUCCUCCGGCUACAUUCCAUACGAUCUUCAGUGGUCAACUAAGAGGCUCAGAUAGACCUGAUCUCUGGGAACUCGACCCAAAUGACAUAGAACCGUCGUUGAAAAAUGAUACUGUCUAUCACUACUGGUUCGAGAUCCAAGAUUCAUCACCGGAAGAUCUGGGUGUUAUUCAAGUUACCGACCCAAUGGCGUAUACGGUCGACUACAGAGACACGAAAAACCAGGGUGAACACGCCCAGCCAGCUUCCGUGAUCAAGUUUCGUGAUGGCAAACUAUGGCCCUGUGAUAUUAAUGGAAAUGAGCCGAGCCAGGUGGCAGUCCCACCGCAUAAUGCCAUGCCGGAAAACAAUCAUAUAGUGAUCUACGAGCUCCCGGCUUCGUGGGCAAAAUCUAGGCAGAUUGGGGAUGUGCAAGUUGAUGUCGGUACUUUCACAGACGUCCUCGCUCUAUUCGACUUGAAUACUGCUGGUGAUCGUUUCAGGGAUAUCUCGAAUAUUGCUAAUGAAGCUAUUGUGGCCGACCUGGGCAUUAACGCGCUGGAGCUACUCCCUGCUGCAGACGCAAAACCAACGGGUGAAUGGGGAUAUGCUACUGCUCACUACUACGCUCCCGACUUCGAUCUUGGAACUUCAUCAGAGUUGGUGAAGUUGGUGGAGAAUAUCCACUUGAAGAGCAUCCGGUUCUUCACAGAUGUCGUGAUGGCCUUUGGGCACGAUCCGUAUAUCUACAUUGCUUUUAUGCAGUUUCACCUUAACUUGGAGGCUGAGAGAAACAAUCCGGACAGCUACCAACCUCACUCCAAGGAACUGCGAGAGGGGUGGGGUGGGCGACUAUGGCGCUAUAUCAGAGACACGGAUACCUAUGACCCAAAAUCAGGCAGACCCGGACAUAUGCAUCCUUCCUGGGCCUUCCAUCAUGGGCAUCUUCAUCGAUGGAUGUCAGACUUCGGUGUAGGCGGUCUCAGGCUCGACAGCGUGAACAACAUCGCCAAUUGGGAAUUCAUCAAAUCAUAUACGAACGAAGCAUGGUCUCUCUACAGGUCAAGAUACGACACCCCUUCUCCCUCCAAAUUCCUUGUCAUUGGCGAAGAACUCAGCGUCCCCGUCGAUAUGGUAACCAGCGGAACCCUCAAUGCCCUCUGGAACGAGCCAUUCCAAGGACGCCUCCGCGCCGCCAUCCUAGGGGAACCAGCUGAUAGUGACAACUUCGAAUGGACGGUCCGUAAAAUGGUUAACUGCACGCUCGACGAUUCUCACCCUUUUACGGAUGGCGCACAGGCGAUAAAUUACGUCACUUCCCACGACACUGAAGGAUUCAGGAAAGAGCGCCUUUUCAACUUUCUUUCUGCCAGUAGGGUAAGUGAUAUCGAGAGACGAAGUAAACUCGCAUUUACGUGUCUCUUGACGGCCGUCGGUAUUCCGAUGAUUUUUGCAGGCGAGGAAUUUUGUGACCAGAUGGAUCGUCCGGUAGGGCAGAAACAAGUUGAUCCAGUGAACUAUGAGCGAAAGGCAGAGGAUUGGAGAGCUCGUGUCUUUAACUACAUUGCGACGCUUGUGGAAUUAAGAAAGAACUGCCCGGCUCUAGGGGUUGAUGAUACAGACUUUAUUCAUGUGGAUGAGAGCCGUGAGGGGAAGAUCAUGGCAUGGAAGAGGGGAGCACCGGGUCAGGCGCCAGUGGUUGUGGUAGCUAAUUUUACAGAUCAUGACACGUCCGGGAUAGAGUAUUUUGUGGAUAAUUGGCCGGAGAGGGAGAGGGAGGAUUGGAGAGAGGUUACGCAGGGGAGGAACGUGCCGAUGGAGUGGGUAGGGCGAGAGCCGGUAAUGCAUUGGGAAGCAAAAAUUUAUACGUACUGGAGGGGUUAG